CGCCGCUCGGCUGCCAGAAGGGAGCCGCCACCUGCUCCGGUGCGGAGUCGCUUCUCGCUGCGCGCCGAGAGAGGAGAACAGCCGCCCCGCUGCCCGCGCCCGGGAAGUUACCGCCGCUCCGCCGCCGAGGGAGAGCCGCCACCGCCGCUUCCCGGUGCCGACGAGGGAGAAGUCGCCGCCGCGCUCCGCUGCGAGAGGGAAAAGCCCCCGCGGGCGCGCCGCCCCGCUCCGCCGCCGCCUCCCGGUCCCGCCGCGGGCAGGCGGGAUGAUGGAGCCCCCCGCCGCCGCCGCCUGCGCCUCCUGCCGCCGCUGCCCGCUGCCGCCCCUGCUCUGCCUCCUGCUCGCAGCGCUCUGCCUGCCGCCAGCUCUGGGAUUGUACACAGUAAAUGCAGUAUAUGGAGACACUAUUACAUUGCCUUGUCCUCUAGAAGUACCAGAUGGUCUUAUGUUUGGAAAAUGGAAAUAUGAAAUGCCAAAUGGAUCUCCAGUAUUUAUUGCCUUCAGAUCAUCAACAAAAAAAAAUGUACAGUAUGAUGAUGUACCAGACUACAAAGACAGGUUGAAUCUCUCAGAAAACUAUACAUUAUCCAUCAAGAAUGCAAGAAUCAGUGAUGAAAAGAGAUUUGUAUGCAUGCUMGUUACAGAAGAUGAUGUUUCCGAAGAGCCGACGAUAGUCAAAGUUUUCAAACAACCCUCUCAACCAGAAAUCUUACAUCAAGCAGAUGUGUUAGAAACAGAGAAGCUACAAAUGCUUGGGGAGUGCGUUUCAAGGGACAGUUAUCCCGAGGGCAAUGUGACGUGGUACAAAAACGGGAGAGUUUUGCAGCCCGUGGAUGAUGUUGUGGUCAUAAAUUUGCAAAAGAUUGUGGACAAAACAACCGGACUCUACACCUUGACAUCAUCUCUUCAGUACAUGCCAACAAAGGAAGAUGUAAAUGCCAAGUUCUCUUGCAUUGUGACUUAUCAUGGACCAUCUGGACAGGAGACWAUGCAGUCUGAACCAGUUGUCUUCGAUGUUCACUACCCAACAGAGAAGGUGACUAUUCAAGUGCUGUCACAAAGUAGUACCAUUAAAGAGGGCGAUAACAUCACUCUGAAGUGCUCAGGAAAUGGCAACCCUCCUCCACAGGAGUUCCUGUUUUACAUUCCAGGAGAAACAGAAGGUAUAAGAAGCUCAGACACUUAUGUAAUGACAGAUGUGAGACGAAAUGCAACCGGAGAGUACAAAUGUUCCCUGACUGACAAAAGCAUGAUGGACUCGACCACCAUCACUGUGCACUAUUUGGAUUUGCAGCUUACUCCUAGCGGGGAAGUCACAAAACAGAUUGGAGAGAACCUGCCUGUGUCAUGCACGAUUUCUUCUAGCAGAAAUGCAACYGUGUUUUGGAUAAAGGACAAUACCAGAAUGCAAACAAGUCCAUCAUUUUCAAGUCUUCAGUAUCAAGAUGCUGGAAACUACAUCUGUGAAACCACUCUGCAGGAGGUUGAAGGGUUGAGGAAAAGGCAGACACUCAAACUCAUUGUGGAAGGAAAACCUCAAAUCAAAAUGACCAAGAAGACCAACACAAAUAAAAUGUCUAAAACAAUUAUCUGCCAUGUGGAAGGUUUCCCCAAACCAGCAGUGCAGUGGACAGUUACAGGCAGCGGAAGCAUCCUAAAUAAAACAGAGGAGACAAAAUAUGUUAAUGGGAAAUUUUCCAGUAAAAUUGUAAUUGCUCCUGAGGAAAAUGUAACUUUAACUUGCAUUGCAGAAAAUGAGCUAGAAAGGACUGUGACCUCCAUGAACGUCUCUGCCAUCAGUAUUCCAGAAUAUGAUGAUCCAGAGGACAGAAGUGAAGACAGUAGUGAAAAGGUUAAUGACCAGGCAAAGCUAAUAGUGGGAAUUGUGGUUGGUCUUCUGCUGGUUGCUCUGAUUGCAGGCUUUGUCUACUGGCUCUAUGUGAAGAAAUCAAAGACAGCAUCAAAACAUGUAGACAAAGAUCUUGGAAAUAUAGAAGAAAACAAAAAACUAGAGGAAAACAAUCAUAAAUCUGAAACUUAAGAGAAAAUGUGUCAGUCAUCAUUCCAGAGAAUACAUAUAGACCAAUUGAAGCAUGAACGUGGAUUGUAUUUAAACAUAUACAAAGAAAUGACAGCUAUUCAUGGUUCAAGUAUUAAGCAGAUCAUACUACCAGGUUUUCAAAGGAUUUUAGACACAAUUAUCUCAAGCUAAAAAGAAAAA